AUGGGCCAGUGUGUCACGAAGUGCAAGAAUCCUUCUUCUACCCUUGGCAGCAAAAAUGGGGAAAGGGACUCCGGCAGCAAGUCACAUAGUAAGAGAAGUGCAGUCCACAAAGACGACCAUGGUUCAGCUUGUGGGAAGUCUUCAGGAGAUAUUCUUGUGAAUGGGACAAAGAAAACAGAUGCUGCUGUAGAGUCCAGUCAGCCUCCAACGUUUUCUGGAGAUACAAAGAAAGACUCUGUUUCCAGCACAGAAGAAUCUUCGCUCCAAAGGAUCGGGGAGUUAUUUAGGAGGUAUAAGGAUGAACGGGAAGAUGCCAUACUGGAAGAAGGAAUGGAACGAUUUUGCAAUGACCUCUGUGUUGAUCCCACUGAAUUUAAAGUGCUAGUUUUGGCUUGGAAAUUCCAGGCUGCUACCAUGUGCAAAUUUACAAGGAAGGAGUUUUUUGAAGGCUGCAAAGCAAUAAACGCAGACAGCAUUGAUGGCAUUUGUGCAAGGUUCCCCAGCCUUUUAAAUGAAGCCAAGCAGGAAGAUAAAUUCAAGGAUCUCUAUCGUUUCACCUUCCAGUUUGGCCUGGACUCUGAAGAAGGACAGAGGUCGUUACAUCGGGAAAUAGCCAUUGCCCUUUGGAAAUUAGUCUUCACCCAAAACAAGCCCCCCAUUUUGGACCAGUGGUUACACUUCCUAAUCGAGAACCCCUCAGGAAUCAAGGGAAUCUCCCGGGACACGUGGAACAUGUUUCUAAAUUUUACUCAGGUGAUUGGACCAGACCUUAGCAACUACAGCGAGGACGAGGCCUGGCCGAGUCUCUUCGAUACCUUUGUGGAGUGGGAAGUGGAGCGAAGGAAAAAGGAAGAGGAAACCAAAUGUAUUACGUCUUCGGACACAGAGGGCCUGUGUGUGGAGGAACAGACUUAG